UCUUUUUAUUUAUAGUAUUUCCAAUGGGGAAAUUAGCCAGUUGAAUAUACUGUCAUUCAGAGAAUGAUAUAAUAGGUUAACAGAAUCUAUGUUUAUUGUACAGUCCUCAUUCUGGUUGUUUAUUUGUUAUAAAAAAUGGCAAUAGCAAAUGUCCAACUUAUCUUGUAGAAAUGUUCUGAGGACAAUCUGUAUAGUUUCUGGAGGGAUAUUUUGAGUUCAUUAGAAGGAAGACACUAUAAAAACAUAAUGUGGUACUAUAUAUUUUCAUUAGGUAUUUCAGGAUCCAAAGCUAUCAUUUAUUUUAAAACUAUUCUUGAUUAUUUUAAUCCUAUAGAAGCAAAAAGGCAUUUGCAGACAUAUUCUUCUGUCCAUUUCCCUGUCUCUAAUUCUAUUUACAAACAACAAAUAACUUAUUUAUUUAUGUUUUCCUAUGUUCUCUGUGACAUUGAUAAGGAUCACAAAAUAUUACAGAGAAAUCAGAGCCACAGAAAGAUAGAAAAUAUGGUGAAAAAUCAAAAGGAAAAUUAAUAGUUGAAAGAAAAAUAUUCAUAGGACAUGGAAAUCUAGAAAGAAUAAAGCUGAAAGAGACACCGAGGUAGCAGUAAAGGUAAAAUUAGAAAUAAUCUUGGGUGAUAUGCUGCUCCCCCAAAAUAGCCAAGUUAAUUUUUGACUGUGUAUGAAGAGGCAUUCCCCCAGGGGAAAGGAAAGGAAAAUGUAAAUAUUUGAAAACAGGCAAGGAAGGUUACAGAGCAUUGAUAGCUUCUGAGUUCUUACAAGUAGGCACAGGUUGCUUUGGCUGCCACAUGAAUGACAGGUCACUCUGCCAGACUGGUUCUACCUGGGGCAACAUGGAGUGAGUGCUGCAGCUAAGGCUCACACACUUCCUGCCCCCUCUAAAGGUGCUCCCUUAGGUGCCUCUCUGGGUGUGCCUUCACUCAUGCUUUCACUCAGUAAAUUGUCGCUGUGUAUCAGACAUCGCUCCACGUGCCAGGGAUACAGCAGUGAAUUGCAACAGAUAAAGGUCCCACCCAGAGCUUACAUUCUAGUAGGGGAAAUAGACAAUACACAAGAUAAAUAAGAAGUUUACAUAGAAGUUUAUUGUCUGUCUCCCCUACUAGAAUGUUAAGCUCCGUGUAGGAGAAAAUAUAAAGCUGGAAGAGAGGACCUGAAGUAUAUGUAUGUGGAGGAAAGGAUAUGAAUUGUGGAACCCACUUUACCAAUCCUCUAAGGCUUAUAUUAACCAUAUAGCAUAGUUACCAGCAAAUUAUUAAAGUUAUUCCACUGUUCCUGAAGUGGCAUAUAUAGGAAAGUAUACCAUUAGAACAGCACUCUGGGGUUCACAGACAAGGUUGCUUAUGUCCACAGGUGAAUGGACAGAAUCUUGCUACCCCAAACCCCUCUUAUCUGACUUUAAGGGUGAGGGGAUCUUGACAUGCCUGUGACCUCUUUGCAUUGCACAAGGCACACAGGAUGGAAAGCUCUGCCUUACAGUGUCAUUUUUGUAUCUGCUGUUAAGGAAAGACCUGAACCUAGAUGCACUACAACUAUGUUGUCUAGGUGCCUGAUACCUAUCAGAACAUUUCCUGCCAGAGCUUAUAGGCAUCAUGUUUUUUCUUGCCCUACCAUGGCUUAGAUAGGCUUUUCUCUAUUAUUUCAGCUUACCUAGAACACUUGAUAUAAAUUAGGCACCUCACAAUUAGAAAGAUAAUAGUAUAUAGUAAAUGUUUUGUGUUUUUUUUUAAAAAAAAAAAAAAAACGGAGAAUAGGAAGGAAAAGAAAAAAACAAACAAACAUAGUAGAUGUCUUCUGGGUUAAAAAUUAAACUUGCAAAGUUCCUCUACUUAGAUGGGCCUUUCUCGGUUUUGGAUGUAGAAGAAGGGGCCCAUUGAUAAUAUGCACCUGACUGCCAAGCCUCAUUUCCUCACCAAAAUGUGAAAUGGAAACUUAGCAAUUACAAGGUGAAUUUGAAUUGUAGACAACAUGCUAAUGUAACUCUAAUUUUUCUUUGCUUAAAUAGUCCAGAUUGACUGUGUAAACUGAGCGAAUUUACCGAAUAUUUGCUAACUAGUCACUUCACUUUAUUGCUAAAAAUCUCUCUCGAGGAAAUGACACUAAGGAGUUAUAUCUCUUCUUUGUUAGUGAAUAAUCAUUUCCUUCUAAAGAUAGCAAUGAAAAAUCAACAGUAAUUGCCUCUAGAAUGUGGUGUCAUUCAGAAUGUGUAGACAAGUUGAGUUGUCUAAUAUGAUUUUAGACACAGCUCAAAUUAAUUAGGUAAUUGAAAAAUCUAUACUUUGCCUUGUAAACAGAUCUUAAAAUUCAAGGCAAAUUAGCAUAUACGAUACUGUUCUACUUUAGACUACAUGUACUGCUCAAGAAUUGUAGCAGUCUCCUUUCCAUUCAAAAAAUAUAUAUUCUAAUCCUUUAAGUGAUGUUUUUCAUUAACUAAAUAGCACUUUUCAGGCAGUUUUGUUCAUUACUAUAGAAUUGGCCUUGUAGCUUUUAUUUAUCCAUUUCCCUAUUCAUUAUUCUAUCCCACCUUAUAAUUAUUAGUAUAAGGGAUGAGUAUUCUAAAAGUUGACCACCAAGAACUCUGUGUUUUCAAUGAAUCAUGCAUUACAAAUAGCAGGAAUCAAGAACUCUGGGGAAAUAAUUAAUUAGAGAAUCAUUUAAAGUAACCUAUCUAAAUAGAGGAUCUUCAUUUAUGUAGAUUACUAAUAUAUAAUCAUUUGCCCUGAUUAUAUUUAUUUAAUCAGGUCCAAUAUUCUAUGAUUUUGACUAUCAGUUUUCCUGUAAUCACAGUGAAUGUAAGUAGUCUCACUCCAGAAAUCUCACUUUAAAAAAAUUAAAAAUAGCCACCAUGUUUUUUACAGCUUUCUGAACCAAUUUGUGAAAAAUCCUUCGAAGAAUUUGGCAGUAAAGGUGGCAACUCUCCUUUUACUGAGCUAACUCUUCUCUUUAAAGAUAAAAAAAUUUAAAACUAAUUAUUUUUGGAAUGCCAAAAUAAAUAACUGAAUAAUAAGAAUUUGUAUUUGUACUUUAAGUUAUACAUUUUGAGUUAAUAUGGAAGAGCUAUUACUUUUACUGCCUCCAUAGCAGUGUCUAAUGGCUCUUAAUGCCAUGUCCAUAAUUGUUGGAAAAGUAACUCGGAGACCAGUGGUACCUAAGAUAGACAUUUUCAUCCUUUUUAUUAUAUGUUAAGUCUUGAUCUCCCUUCCUAUGGAUAUCUUUGCUUCACUCGUCCUCUAUUUCUCCUACCUUCUGUCAGCUCUGUCUGGGUCACUGCUCUUGAUGGAUCCCUCUGUGUCUGUCUAUUGACACUGCCUCUUUCAUCUGGUUUAGUCUCUAUGUAUGACUCUGUUCUUAUGGUUUUUGUCUGCCGUGUCUCCCUGGUUUCCAGGCUCCCACACCUGAAGACUCUUUGUCCUGCCAGCCUUUGGAAUCCAUCUCUCCUAGCCCACGUGUCUCUGUCUUCCACUGCCUGACUGUUUUUUGCCCAGGUCCACUUGCCCUUCACUUCCCUUUGACUGCGGGCUUUGUGUCUCCCUCAAGCCACAAGGUCACUCUGUCUGCCCUUGCCCAUGCAUUCUCUGUCUGCUCCCAUGUGCACUCUGUCAGUCUGCCCUGUCUGUCAUGUCACAGAAAGACAGACAAGUCACCAGUGAUAUAUCUGUCUUCUGGCCAAAAUACUCCCAAAGUGUACCUUUUCAGAGAACCUGCAUUGCUUUCAAGAGGUGACUUGAAACAUCUAAAAAGAAUAUUCUUUGGUACUAAAGUGAACAUUGAAAGUGAACAUUAGGCAUUAUAAAGAGGCCAAAUAUGUUUUUUUAUUUAUAAAAUCUCAAGAUGUUUGGAAUUAAUUAUCAAUGCUUUAAAAGCAAGGGUGUAAUUCUUAAAAUUUUUAUUUUAUUAUAUUUCUUAAAAUAUAGUCCUUUUCUGAAGGAAAAAAAAUUCUAUUUAAUGAUAAAUUUUGAGACAUAAUUUGUUUGAUUAGUGACUUCAGUUUGUAGGUGUGAAAAUUAGAGGAGUGUGGGUUAAGGACUUAUGAGCUCCUUCAGAAUCCAAAAGUAACUCUUAGUUUACUGACAUCCUUUUUUAUUAAAUAGUACUCUGAUGCUGAGAGUUAGUGCAUCUUCUGAAAGUAUUUACCUUCCUUCCACAUUAUUGUAAGAACCUGACUUGUUACUCUAGAUAUGUAUUCCAAAUGAAUAUACUUGUCAUUUACUUGUCACUUCAAACUGUUUAACAGUAUUAAGCUAGCCUUUAUCAUGAAGAUCUUUGGAUUGGUCAUGACUGUGGGAAAUUUGUUUUCUCCCAAAUAUAGAGAGAGUUAAUUCUAUUAAUGUAAUGUGGACAAAUGAAUGUCUACAAUCACAUUGUCUAUAAAAUGGGGUAAGACUAGUACCAUCUCAUUGGGUUAUGUUAAGAAUUAAGUGAAAUAAUCUAUAUAGAACUCUUAAAAUAGUACCUGGCAUAUAGUAGGAACUUUAUAAUUACAGGCAGUCAUUGCCUCUUCUGCUAUACACAAAUUUUAGUUGCCAUCUUUAAGUAACAUCAAUCCCUUAGAAAACAAGGUUCAAAUUUCAGGUAACACAAUGUAUUAACUGUGAGCAAUUGCAUUAAGUACAAACUUUGCCACUAGCCCUUCAGUCCACAAAUCUCUGUGUGAAUGACAGACACACAUCCUGAUCAAUGGCCAAUCAUAUCACUUCUUUCAAAAUCUGUUUUUAGUUCAUGCACCACAGAUAGCAUUGUCUCCCAUUUUUACAAAAAUGGAUUAUCAAAGGAGAGACUUGAGCAACAAAAAUGACAAUGCAACAAAGAAAUGAAACACUGGAAAUGAAAUUGGAAAGUAUUUAUAGCAAAAAGGAUGAAAAUGUCCCAGAGGAAGUGACACUGGCAAAAAUAACAAAGCAAAAGAAAAAAAUCUUUCACAUUAAAUGAACUCCCAGAGAUAUUUCACAACAUUGAAAGUGCAAAGGAUAUGUUGGAAGCUGAUCCAAACUUAGGAGUGUGACAUUUUGCCCAGUCCUAGAAAAGAUAAGCUUGAAUAUAUCAUAAGUUUUAUGAUGAGAAGGCAGCAAGCACUGAUCAAUCUACUUUAAGUUUUGUACGAAGGAAUAAAGCACUUUAAUUCUCAUUGUUUCUAAUGUUUUAAAUUAUAGUGUACUAAAUAAAAUUAGUUUUACUAUUUUUUCAUUCCCUUAUUCAUUUUUAACUGACAAUAGAGGCUUUUUGACAUUUUGACAAAAAAAUUUUAAUGAUCACAAAACAAUCAUGAUUUUUCUUACUGAUUAUUAUCAUUUUGCAUGAUUUCAGCUUGUGGUGGUCAUUGUUAUUGUCCCACACUACUAUGCAAAGCAAGGACUUCCUGUAGUUGCUUUUAUUACUGGCAAUUAUUUUGUCCAGCAAGUCAUGUACUAUAGUUUCAGGGAAAUUGUUCAUUGCUUUUCAGUAUUUGAGAAUUCAAAAUCCUUGUCAUUUCUCUCCUGCUUCUGUCUUUGUAUUUCUAGAUUAUCUAAGUCCUAAUUCUAGUCAUGUCUUGUCAUAGGGCUAUCCUCAGAGCCUCCUACUAUAUCUUCUACAAAAGAAGUUUUUAAACUCUUCAUUUUACUAUUCUUCAAUAUUCUAUCCUAUUUCUUCAUUCUCCAAAAUCUUCCACUUUAAUUCCAUGCUAACCCUUUCUUUUAUUCCUCUUCCUGCUAAUAUCUUAUCUUUCCAUACUCUCCUUCAACCCCUGAAAGCCUAUCAGUUCUUUAAUACAUUGCCUUUUUUUCAAAAUGAUACCUGCCCUAAAAUAUAUCCUUAAGAGAAACUUCUUUAAAUUUAUUGGUUUCUUCCUUAUGUUUCAUCUAUAUUUCUGUCAAUCAUAAAAGACCAAUAUCUUUCUUGAAUUCAAAUUAUUGCACAAAAUUCUAUAUGAGUAAAACAUAAAAUCCUAGCUGACAGUUGACCAUAUUAACAUUUGCCAAUGAUGCCAUGAUUGGCAACAAAAUAAAAAUUAAAACUACAUGCUGUGCAUUUUCACUGUAUAUACUUUUGCAUUUCUUGAGCCAUGUAGAUGUAUAGUUGAAUAUUCAAAAAAGAGUAAAAUUUACAUGAAUAAAUAGUGAUAAUAGAAAUUUUGCUUUCAAUUUUCCAUUCACAGUUAGUUUGAUAUAAUUACUUCCUAAAGUUCUGAGGCUUUCAAAAGAUGAAACCUUCAUCUGCCUGAUAUUUUCUGCACACAUAUAGAUUGAAAAUCAGGCUACUGGCAGCUUGAACAAUGGACUCUAGUCAGUUAAAUUUUGAUUUGGGCCUGAGUCUUUUGCUCAAAAGAGAGGCUGACAACCUGGUUGAUUCUCUUUAAGACCUUUGGAAUUACGGUGAGGUGACUCUGGAAGGAGAUUUAGUUUAAUAAGCUGACUGAAUACUGUUUAAAGCUUUGUCAGGUUUAAAAUGUUGAAGGGAGUUUUAAUCUACAUAUUUGGGUACAUUCUGCUUAUCAUUUUUAGUCUGGUACUACCUCUUGAAUUUUCCAUGGUCAUUACUGCAUUUAAUGUUACCUGAUUUUUCAAAAAAAAGGUUCAUCGUCUCUUAAAGAGAUUCCAGAAAAAUCCACAGAGGCCCCAAACUUAUGAUGGCAAUAGCAGCAAAGUCAAUUAAUUUGGAAUCUCUUUUAAAAACAAUAAUUCUCACAGCACCUAAAAGAGUUAUCUGCUAAAGUAAGUAGUAGUAAGCAGAUAUUCUAUUCGAGUUCUCACCUACUUCUUUGAUCCCAUGUCACAUCCAGAAUUACUGGUUUCACUGGUCAUAAGCUGUCAUUUCUGUUAGUGUAUUUUACUGUGCAUUGUAAUAGAAAAUUUUUUGUUAAGCCAGUUUUGCAUCUCCUGCUCUAAAAUGAAAGCAUAGUGAAAAUUUGAAUGUAGAAGACAGUGACUACACCCUGACUAGAGUAAUCAAUGCAAGAACAUCCUUAAAGCUUUUCUUCUGUAACAAGGGCAAACUCAGCUAAAAAGUUUGUUUAAAUCAUGCUUGGCAUAACAAGAACCUUGAACUGUAUCUAUCUUUGACUGUAUGUGAAUAUACCUGACUCAUCACCAUAGUGCCUUUCAACUCAGCCCUACUCAGCUCAACUAUUUUUCUUGCCUUAUACAGAUAUUUAAAAUUCUUUAAGGCUUCCAGUGAAGGCUAUAGGGUUUUUAUACUUAAUAUUAGUUUAUAGCACAGGAAUCUCAUAGCUCAUGAAUAUCUCAGAUCUGCAAAAUAAAACGGAGGGCCUUUUCUCUGUAUACUCAAAAUCUCUUUGUAGCCUCUGACUGUGUAGUUGUGUCAUACUGUGUCGUGAGCAUUUAUUUCUAAGCAGCAAUUACAUCACAGCAGAGCCAUUUUUUUUUAAAUACUAAAACGAACAACAACAAAAAGAAGUAAUGACGAAAAAGUCCUUCAUAAUCGCAAUCUGAAGUUAAGGAAGUCAAGGAAAUUCUAUGUCAGCAGCACUACUGCAUUCUAGCUUUUCUCUACAUGUUUUAUAAGAGUAAAAGCAUCUUAUAUUACUGUAUUCACAAAUAGCUGUCCUUUUGCCCAUCUUCUGUUAUCUCCUGUGUAGAAAAGUGCUAUUGUUAUCUAUUAUGAAAAUUAUCUCACAGAGCAAUAAAUGAUCCUAUUUAGUAUCUACAUUCAUUUGAUUAGCUCUUUUUCCAUGUAGUUACAACUUUAAUGUUCUUAUUAUAUGUACUUUAUCAGUUUUUGUUAAUUGCCUAACUUAUCUUUGAUGUCGCCCUUUGUCUUAUAUAGUUGAGUACUUAAAGAUCCACAUAAAGCAUGACAGUUUGAUCAUUUCAGUGUAUUUUCCAAUGAACUAAAUUGUUGCGAAGUGUAGUGUUCACUCUCUCACUAUGAGGUGGGAGGCAUCUUUCCUUAAAGAACUCGGCUGCCAGAAUUUUUCUGGAUUCAUGACUUUACUUCCUAGUUCCAGAGAGGCACUUCCCAGCAACUGAUCUCUGAAUUUUGUCUCCUGCCUUUGCCUUUUUCUUGCUCCUUGACUAAUAUGAUUCUUGGGGUCCUACACUUGCCUCGCUGAGUGGCAAUGCCUUUACACCACAAUGCUUGGUCAGUGCUAACUUACUAGGACACUUACAGAGUGGGGAAGACAAAAAAGGUCAGCACCAUCUAGUGUCCCUUGCCCUCUCUGGCUUGGAUAUCAUUUUUAGAUCUUCUGGUCCGCUCUAUUGUUUUAAUUGCACUCAGAAACUUUUGGGGUUUUUUUCUUUUUCUUUUUCUUUUUUUUUUGUUGAGACUACUAGAUAUGUGGGACUUCUCAUAGACCCUUGAACAAAGCCCUGUUGUUCUCUAUCUGGAGCAUGAGCAGCUUUGGGAGAGAUGCAUUUGGAGAAAUGAUGAAGCAAGGAUCACCCUAGCCAAUGAAAUAACUCACCAACAGAAAGACAUAAGUCAAAGGCAGAUCGCCCUCACCUGCAGAUGUUUUCAUGGACUAACAUGAAAACAGAGCUGUGUGGAUAAUUCAUGCAUUAACAUAUUGUUUGGCUUAAAUACAAAAUAAAUGGCAUCUAUGAUAUCCAUUUGGGAGGUUCCAUGUCUCCUAGCUGGAGAGCUAAGACAUGAAACUCCUGCUGACUGUUUACAGCAGCAAAUGUAUCUUGAGUGGAAAAGGCAGUAAGUUCAAAGAGGAGGGAGAUCUGUGGUCCAGAGUAUGGGGGCAAGGCUUCCCAAAGAGGUGAAACUUGAACCUAGCCCUCCGAGGAUGUUUGUUAUUAACUCUGCCUCCACAGCUUCCUGCUUCUCACCAUCAGUGAAUCUUGGCAGUUGGUUUUGCCUUCUUUGAAUAGGGAAUACUUAAGGAGAGCCUAGUAACACAAAUCCUGAUACUUUUAUGCAUUUCUGUGCAAAACAACUCUUUCAGAAAACCACUCUUAAUCCAAAUAUCCUAAUAAUAGAAAACUCUUAACUUCUCUUUGGGAGCAUGUAUCUGUCCUGCUCUCCUGACAGUUUUUCUUCUCUCCAUUUAGAUUAUAAAUAUAUGGGGGCCUGGGACCAUGUGUUUCUUAUCCGUACUUUGUAAUUCCCUAUGGAUAAGACUGGCCUGAUUCUUACAUUGUAAUCUAAUCACUUACUAAGAGGUCCCCGUAUUUGUUGAAGGUGAUGGAUUAGCCUUUCAAGCUCCCCAGCCUAAACGGCACUCGUUGUCUUGGGCAUUCCCAUCAGCUGCCUUCCUCUGAUCUCUAUUUCUGUUCCAACCAAAUAUGCUCCUGUUUAUUUUCCCUGACCACCCCCUUUCCAUAACACAUUAAAUAUACUUUUAAGGAGAUAGCAAGACUUCCCUUAAGAAUAUGACCUUUUCUUUGUGACCGCAUAUAUACAGAAACCGGGAGAUAUACACGUUGGCAGAUGAGAUCUGACCAACUACAAGGAAAGCCUUAAGUGAGAGCAUCCAAGUAAAUUUUAAAACCCAUCAAGUUAAUAUAGCCUUACUUUUUAGCUUAGUAAAUGUUUUAGCCACUAUGUUUUAAUGCAAUGUAAGUAUAAUAAAGCUUUGCUUAAAUUCAUUUGAACUCACCUUUCUUCCAAUUCAUUAAAAACAUCUUUGCUCCAGUAUUGUUUCUAAACAACUAAUGAACCUUUUCUGUAUGGUUCUCUUAUGUCAAUGGGCUGUUUUCAGUCUGUGGCCUUACCAUAUGUAAUUACUCUCUCUCUCCUUUAUCCUUCUUUGUGAUCCACCUUUCAUUCUGUUUAGCAGACACUGGGUGGUUUGUGAUUUUGAAAAAAAAAUAGCAUGUAAGUAUACCUGGAAAGAAUAGGUAGAUACCAGCAAAAUUAUUCUUAGGUAAAAUUCUGUAUAUUAUAAGUUGUUUUUCAUAGACUUUCAUCUUAAAAUCGAAUUCAAGGCAGUUAUAGAUGUCUUGUCACCAUUAAUACUACAGAGAUUCAUUUAACAUGAAACAAAUAUUUCUUGACUUCCCACUGUGUAUCAGAUACACUUGCAGGUGCUUGAAGAUCUAGCAGUGAACAAGACAGACAAGGACCCUGCCCUUAGCCAGCACACAGACUAGCAGAGGUUACAGUAGAGAUAUAGACAACAGAUAUAUAAUCAAAUACACAGCCUGUAGAGAUGGCAAUGGAUUUCCUGAUCCUUCUUUUCCCUCACCAUUGCUUCAAGGUCAUAUCUAUAACCUGUAGUGUUGAGUUGGAUGUAGUCUCAUGGUGCUACCCUCAUCUAGGAAGAAGCGUUUAAGGGCCUUGUUCUAGUACAAGAAGGAAAAGAGGUACCUGGGAGGGUCAAGUUUUUCAUUUUUAAACUGGAAUUAAAUUGGCUUUAGUCUCAGAAUUAUAAACGUAAGAAUUCAUUCACUCAUUCAGCACCGUUAUUGAGUACUGUUAUCAGUCAGGGUUCUGUUAUGUUCCAGGCUUGAUAACUCCUACAUGCAUGCCCUUAACAACCUCACACUCUAACUCUAGUUAGAGAGACAGAGACAUAAAGUAAAUAACUAUUGAUAUUUACUAUUAGUAACAUUAUUACUAAUAAUGUUACAAUAAAAAUGUAUAUUAAGUAGAAGGGGAGCACCACAAAAGCAGUAAUAAAUCCUGUCUGCCCGGGGGAAGGCCUCACAUAAGGUGACAUCUAAACUGAGUCUUAAAGAUGACUAAAGUAUAACAUGCCUCGUUUAUUCAGCAAAUGUUUACUGAGCACCUUCUGUAUGCCAGGCACUGUUGUAGGAACUGCAGACACAGCAGUGAACUAGACAGAGUCAUUGCUCUCUUGGUAGCAGAGAUGUGGACAAUAAAUAGACAGAAAAUUAAAUAUGUAUUAGGUGGUAAAACAUGUUAUACCAAAAAUUAAAGUAGGAUAAGAAAGGGAACAGGGAUCGCAAGGGAUACUAUUUUAAAUAGAGUAGUCAGGGACAUCUUCUCUAAUGAGAGACUCUUUGAGCAGAAUCCUAAAUGAUAUGAGAUGAGACCAAGAACCAGGGGGAAACCAUUUCAGCCAGAAGGAACAGCAUGAACAAGAGCAUGAUGUGUAUGAAAGCAUAGCAUCUUUAUUGCAAAGUGAGAUAUUCUCUGCUGGAGCAUGGGGUAAGAUGUGAGGGGGAGGGGGAGGAGUAGUGUGGGUGUGACUGAUUGAGGCUGGCAAAGAAGAAAGGGUCCAAAUGGUGAAAAGCCAUGUGUACCAUGCACAGGGCUUUGUGUACCCACAUUGUCAAUUGGGGGAAUGGGGACUAGAUUUUGAAGAUAUUUUAAGAGGAAAAUAAUAUGGUUAGAUUUUCGUUUGAUUGAGUUGGGUGUAGUUAGGUGUGGUUUUUAGAAAAUUAUCUUUAGCAGCAGUAUGCAAGAUAAACAUGAAGGAGAAGCAUAAGCCGAUUAUAAGGUUAUUAUGAUAGUACAGAUGAGAAAAUAUGUGUCCUAAGUUAAAACAGUAAGGGGAGACUAAGAAGGAGAUGGUAGCGUUCAGAUGCUAUAGGAAACCUGGUGUAUAAGAUUUGGUGCCCUACGGAUUGUGGGAAAUGUCAAGAAUAGCUCCUAGGUUAGAGCUUAGGUGACUGAGAGGUGAGAAUGCUAUUAACCAGCUCAAGGGUCCCUGAAGGAGAGGCAGGUUUAGAAGUUCAGAUAAUAAAUUUGAUUUGGGGCAAUGGAAAAUAACUGGAAAUUAGAAGAGAAGUCAAGGCUGGAAUACAGAUUUGACUGUUACCUGCAUUUCAUGUAAAUUUUAAAAGGAGAAGGAGCAAGAGUAGCCAGCAUAGUCAGAUAUUACAGAGAAGUUUAGUAGUAUGAGCACUUUGGAUUUGACAGUUGGAAGGUCACUGAUGACUUCAUGAUCUACCAAUUUCAGUAGAUGUGAGUGGAGGCAGAGCCACAUCAUGAUUGGGUUAAAGAAUGAAGAAGUAAGAGGCUGUAAUUGUCCAGCUGAUGUCAUUGUCCUCUUCCUCCUUGGAAGCUUUGAACUGAAGGUCAGGUCUUCUUUUCCCCCUCCCUCCUUAGCCUUCUCCACUCAGGGGCCAGAACUGGGUGCCUGAGUGAGGCACAUGAUGGAGGGACAGACUAAGAUAUUUGGGUCUCUGCUGGGAGAGGGGCCAGGGAUAGAGGAGCCUUGGUGAGUCAUAUAUUGCAGGGAACAUCCUCAGUUGGGGACAGAAGGUUAGGCUAGUUCAGAGACCUGUCUCCAGAGGGGGAAAAAGAUGACACCCACGUGUUUCCGUUAGAUGAGGAUACUCUGGAGCAGGAAGCUGGGGUAGGAUGGGAAACAAGGGACUUUCAAGGCUGGUGGGAGAAACAUGGAAUUAGUUAAGAAACUCUGUCCCAGUAAAGGAGUGGAAUCUGGCAGAGUGUGGGGGUGGGGAUAGAAUCUGAGGUAGUAAACUGAUGCUGACUAGAAAUUCAAGCAGGAUGCCUAGAUUUCUUAGGGCACAGGGACUGACGAUGUGUAAAGAGGGACUGUUGGCAGUUCUUGUGACCGUAAGAUAGCACUGAGGAGACAGUUAAUGAAUUGUGGGGUAGUCCCAGCAAUACCUGGAAUGUAGAUGUUUAACAAAUAUUUGGGAAGCCAGAGGCCAGGUGGGGUGAGAGGUGAGGGUAGUGUCAGGGAGUAGACACCUCAGUUUCUAGAAAGCUGUGAGUAAAUACCAGGGAGAAGAUGGAGGCAGUGGCUAAGAGGAACUCCAGACAGGUUGGAGGUAGAAAUCCCAAAAAGGAGCUUUGCACCUCAGUGGGAGUUGGAAGCAAAGGCCAGGAUGGGCGACCCACUCCCUUAACCCUAGGACCUAAGGAGUGACCACUGGACCUACCAGAGAUUUCCCCACCUCUGCACAAACACACCUUUAGCCUCUGCACACACACUCCCUCGCCUGUAAUGCCGUCCCCGCCCACUGGGGGCGGGGCUCGAGGGCAAGGCUGGUGGCUACUCUGAAGCCUCGAGAGCCAUCAGUUCCUACCAGACCUGUUGGGGGAGCCGUCCUACCCCAUGGCCGGACACAGGCCCUCAAACUUUUACCCCCUUCCAGGCAGUGAGGGGGGCGGCGCCGGAGGGCUGAUGCCUGUGCGGGUUGACCCUCCGACCUGGUUGUGUGCCCAGGCGGCCCCUGGCAGGCUGAUGGUCCAGCAGGGGGUCAGGCCCAGGGUCUGCCCAGGCCCCGAGGUGUGGGGGGUGGCCCCGGGUCCCCUGCUGUACGAAUUCCCGGGCAGGAUGGCAUGCGGGCCUCAGUUCGGAGCCGCUGAGGCAGGGGCCUGGUUCCGAAGCUCCUCCGAGGUCACCUUCCCAGGGCCCUCCCUUGCCCUGCAGCGCAUCCCGAAGUUGGCGCUGCCAGAGGAUGUCCCGGCCAUAGAGAAAGAGAUGGAGCAGCUGGCCAAAGAGCUGAGGCAGAAGAGGAUGAGCCUGGGCUACUCGCAGGCCGAUGUGGGGUUGGCCGUGGGAGCCCUGUUUGGGAAGGUGCUUAGCCAGACGACCGUCUCCCGCUUCGAGGCGCAGCAGCUCAGCCUCGCCAACAUGUGGAAGCUGCGGCCGCUGCUGAAAAUGUGGCUGGAGGAAAUGGAUGAGGAAAACCUUCUGGGCGUAUGCAAAAUGGAGAUGAUUCUGCAGCAGGCUCGGAAGCGGAGACGGGCAAGCAGGGAGCGGCGAAUCGGAAACGACCUGGAGAGACUCUUCCUGCAGUGCCCGAAGCCCACACCCCAGCAAAUCAGCCGCAUCGCUGGGUACCUCCGGCUGCGGAAGGAAGCGGUCCGAGUUUGGUUCUAUAACCGGAGCAAGAUGUGCAGUUGGCCGACCAGUGAUGCCUCCCUGUGGGAAGCCGUGGGGGCAGCUGGGCCUCCUUGCCCCGGGCUACCAAUGUGCUUUUCCCUGGCACCGGGGCUCCACUUUGAUGUCCCCCAUUAUGGGGGAUAUUGCUUUACACCGCUGUAUUCCCCUGCCCCUUUCUCUGCGGGGGUAGCCCUCCUCUCCGCCCCGGCCACCACUUUGGGCCUCCCCAGGCUUUCAAGCUGAGGGGCCUGCCCUUCCAGGGAAAGUCAGAGAGAGGAGAAGGGAAGACCUCUGGGGAAAAUAUUCCUGGGGUUUUCAUUCAGGCUUUUCGCAUUUUCUCAAUUUGCUGUCUAAAGAAGAAGUUAAGAAUGCAUAGUAGGGAAUGGGGGUAGGAGUUACUUAUGAAAAAUUUGGGAGAGAAGUUGAAGUUCCUUGCUGUUUUGUGUUUUUCCUUGUUUUUCCCUAGCAUUUGUUUUAAGGUACAUUACAAUAUAUAUUACUAGAUGGUUUGGA